UAAGGACGUUCGGAUCAAAAGGCGCGUCAUUCCGCACGGUGUAAGAACCUUGUGGAGACCACCUACCGAUAGUUUCGUGACAGUCGGUGUUAUGGAGGGUGUAGCAAUUCAAACAGGAUAUAAUAGAAAUAAUGUCACUUCUGCUUUGAAGCCUGAUGAAUAUAGGAACUACGGCUUUCCUCUUGGACAAAGUUUUAAACUAGACGACAUACCGUGGAAGUCAACGGAAAAGGAGUACGAUUUCGGUGUCAUUGGACUGCAUUCUGAGAUAAAGGACUUCCUGAACUACAUAUCACCGAAUCCAGCAGAACAGUUUGCUCGUGAGGUAGUCGUUGCCAAGGUUAAGGACAUUGUUUAUGGUCUGUGGCCAAAUUGCCAAGUUGAUGUCUUCGGAAGCUUUAAGACAGGCUUGUAUCUUCCCACAAGUGACAUUGAUAUGGUCAUAUUCGGGAAAUGGGACGCCUUACCUCUACAUACUUUAGAACAAGCUCUGUUCAAAAGUGGCAUUUCAUCUGAAAUCAAGGUUUUAGACAAAGCCACAGUACCGAUUGUAAAAAUGACAGAUAAAGAGACAGAACUUCGAGUUGACAUUAGCUUUAAUAUGAUUAAUAGUGUCAAAGCGGCGGAGCUUAUCAGAAUUUUCAUGAAAAAAUACCCGUGCCUCCCAUACCUGGUGUUCGUGUUAAAGCAAUUUUUGCUUCAACGAAGCUUAAAUGAAGUGUGGACUGGAGGAUUGAGCUCAUACGCACUCAUAUUAAUGUGUGUUAGUUAUCUGCAACACACACUACGCCCCGAAGUUUCUAUUAAUGAUGUCAAUUUGGGCAUUCUAUUGGUUGAGUUCUUCGAGCUUUAUGGUCGUCAUUUCAAUUACAGAAAUACAGCUAUUCGCAUCACAAAUGGUGGGUGUUAUGUUCGUAAGGAAGUUGUUCAACAAAAUAUGGAGAGAGGCUUACGUCCGUCGCUUCUUUGUAUUGAGGAUCCGCUUUGCCCUGGUAACGAUGUUGGUCGUCGAUCCUAUUGUGCACUCCAAAUUAAACAGGCUUUUGAAUAUGCCUACGUUGUUCUUAGUAGUGCCGUACUUCCUCAGUAUCAUUUUUUGCACUGCAACACUGAUGUUUCAAUACUUGGACGAAUCAUUCGUAUUUCCAAAAAGUCUGUUGAAUUCCGUCAAAGGAUCCAAUGUUAUGCUCAUCACCUACGCGCUUCACUCCCAGUAAAUAGAAAAAUGUUGCAGGGAAGUGUAAGUAGCAGAUCACAAAAUUUCAUCGUUUCAUCGAGUCCCUGGGUCGCACAGUCCAACCUGAACACAGUCAAUAGAAUAGAUUGUACACUGCCACCAUCUGUAGAACAAAGAACUAAUUUCUCUGUGCAUUCCAAUUUAGCUGUUGCUCCCAGAAAUGAACAACUUGAUCUGCCGAUUCUUGUUUGGCAAUCGAAUCCCAGUGUUAAUGCAUCCCAAGGACUAAAGCUUUCCGGUGCACAAGAUGAAUGUGUUGCCGAUGACAAUACUCCUCAAUCACAAAUUAAUUUCUCAGUAGAAAAACCCGUUAGUAUUUCUAGUUCUGACAGCUAUAACGAGCAUAUUGAAAUAAUUAACUCGGAAACUUCAAGUGAUGAAGGAGACCUUCAUUGCAAUACUAAUGGCGAAUUUGACGUCGAAAAACCUGGAGAAUACAGCGUAUUAGCGGAUGAACUGUGAGUUAAACACUUAAAAUUCUGUGUUGUUUUAGUGAAAUGUCUAGUUAAUUGUCAUACAAAAUACAAUCGUUCAUUACUAUUUCAGGUGGCCUGUACUAUUUUCAUAUUCAGUUUUAAUUUUUACAAUUUCUCUAGUCUUAAUCCGUCGAUUUUUUCAGUAAAUAUAAUAUGUCCGUUUCUUAGGUAAGUAGUACUAUGUAAAUGUAGUUAUAAAUAAUUAUUAGAAUACCUCAACUAGUACUUUGGUAUCUCACUAAUGAGUUGGUCAGGCUUCAAAUCAAUAAAGUAACCAACUGUACUAAAUUUCUGCUAGGAGGAACACAAAUAUAUUUGUCAAACUAAUGUUUGAAACUUCAGGAAAUUCAUUUAAGGUGCUUUUCUUACUUCAUUAUUUAUGAGAUGUCACUAGAGUUACGACCGACUCGUUUUACAGUUAGGUUACUAUUUUAUGACAAAUAUUUGGAAAACGAUUCAUUUUUGACAAUAUUAAGGAUUUAAUUUUGCCUAUACAUUCAUUGUGUGCCUCCCAUACCUUUGUAAUAAUGCUGCAAUUAAUCCCUAGGAUUUUUCACCAUAUUUUUUAGUGCUUCCCUAACAACAUUUAACCAAAUAGAGAAGAAAAACAUUUUAGCCCCAAUAGUUAACGCUGAUUCGCUAAAGUCUUCAGAGGUUACUUUCAGAAAACCCCACCAAGGUCGUAAAAGACGCUGCUUACGGGUAUUAACAUCCUCCAAAUCCAACGCGGGUAACUCUUCAAAUCAGCAGUCAGGAAAUCUCCGUGAUGAUUGUAUCGUGUCUAUGUAUCCAAACGUACGAGAUGUCGCUUUUUCGGCCCAAAGAACAAGUUCCCAAAACCAUGUUCACGGGAAAAGUAACAGUUUUUGUAAAUCAUAUGAAAAACCACAUCAAAGUGCCUUGCUUUGUUUCCCUACCUCUGUUGGAUCCCAAGUUUCGCAUUCAACUAAUUCGGGUUCUAAUAGUUUUUCCCGCUUAUCUCAAGCACAAAAACGCCACGCAACAGCUUCUAGACGCUCAAAGUAGACUGCGAUACACUUUUGUACAUAGAUUCAUAUUUAUAUAUACUUACCUGUUAAAUUUUCAGUUUAUUUCCUACCUAAUUUUCGUGUACAUAUCCCAAUAAUUUACCUAUCUCUUUUCAGUUUUUUGAAAACAUAAAAAAGUCACCCGAGUUUUGUCUUAAGCUAUUAUUUAUCGUUUUUAUUAUUUUGGUCGUAUUUCUUCAAAUCAUAUAAACAGAAAAUAUAUACUAAAACUAACUGUUGCUUCCAAACUAGGUUAUCUACGGUAAAGUGAAGUGAGAUAUGUACCCAGUUAUGUAAAUAAUAAGCAUUUUGCAAAACUGGUAAAUCCUCUUACUGCUUGUUCUAUAUUUUGCCAGUAUUUUUUCUCCUUUUUCCCUGCGAAAUGCCUUUAUACCAUGUGUAUCUUCAUCUGUAACCUUUUGACAAAAACAAAUGACAACACUGUGAUUCUUCCGAAUAACUUGAUUUGAUCGCUUUGCAUAUGUUCAGAGUUUUCAUGUAUAUGUAUUUGCAGACACACCUCUAGAUUUACUUGUAUUUUGUUUUAUUCAGUGUUAGAAAUGAAUAAAAUUUGGGAGAUCUAUCAUUUUUUC